AUGGCGCAGCUUCUCUACGGAGGACAAUCCAUUUUCAAGGUCAUCAUCAAGCGAAUGAAUGACUCGAACCGUUACAAUGUCAUUGACUUGGGAGCUGCGUCCGACAGCAUGUUUCCAAGCGCUUUUAUUCAUCCUGGGGAAUUCAUCAUGUUUGAUGUGGAGGCAAAAGGACCGGAAGGAAUCACCAGCAAGGUCGGACAAGUCAUUUCCAUUGAAAAUUUUCGUGCCUUGCCGAGGAAUGAGAUCAAACACUCUACUGUUGGUAGAUUCAAGGACAAACGAACUAGAUUUAUGCUUGUUCGUCAUUUUGAUGAUAUUGAAGAGCAUGAGCUUUCCUUUGAUGAUGAUGUCAAAGCCAUCAAUCCAUCAGAUUAUUCCUUCAUUCACGAGGCACAACGAGAGCUUCUGAUGACAUGUAACUACGAAUGGUUCUUGCUUGUCGAAAAAGCAAAGUGUUUUGCCUUCAUUUUUCAUUCCCACCUGAUUGACGAGGGUGUAUUCAACACCGCUGGCAUUACCAAUGCAUUUAUGUGUAACAAGUUGGUCUUUCCAGACAACUCUGUUGCUCAACCAUCUUCAUACCUUGUUUUCAACAAAGAUUGGCCUUAUCUUCGUCCAUUCUGA